CCACAAGACUCAAGACUUUAAUCUUUUGCACGCCACCACUUUGAUUGAUUUCAAGAUUGCAUUGGGUAUAUGGUUAUGACUUGUGCACGAUGGAGUUUAGUGUUGUUGGGUUGUCAAUGUUUCCGAGAUGCGCGGUAUGGAUUUUCCAAGCAUUAAAGAUCGAGGCUGGCUGGUUUGGUUGCAAUGUUGUACCUGAUUCGAUAAAUUGGAGUCAGUUCGUCAAAUUUAGAGUUAAUGUUAAAACAAAAAUUAUAGCAUAAAAGCGAAAUCAUGCGUAAAAGUCAAGGUACAGAAGUGAAAGGUUUUAAAACAUUUUUUAGAUUUGAUAGCAAUCUAACUAUCGAAGAGAAAAGGUUAUAAACAUUAGGAUAUGAGUUUUGAAGGAAGAGAAAAGAGGGGAAUUGAGAUUGGGGGAACACACCAAAGAAUUUGAAGGAAAGCAAUUUGGGAUAUUAGUUCUGCUGCAUCAGUAUCUUCAGCAAUACCAAGAAUGGGUGAGACUUCCGGUGGACCCGGCUCUAGGUUUGCAGACUCCUUUCUCUCUUCCGGGUCCGAUCGCUAUGGUUCAGUCGGUUACCUGUAUGUGGGAUGAUGCAACCAAGCCUGGGUCACAUGCGGCGGGAGGGAUCGUCCUUAAGGAUCUCGCAGGGAAUAUCAUGUUAGCUCGUGGUGUGCAGUUUCCGGGUCUUGAUAGCCCUUUGGUGGCUGAGGCACUGACUCUUCGGGAAGCAGUGACAUGGUGUCUUGAGUUGGGCUUUCAUGUGGUUUGUUUCCAAGGGGACGCUCAGAGUAUCAUUGACAAGGUGACUAAGAGGGAUGUGCAUGAUGUUCAGAUUGGGGCAAUUCUGGAAGAGAUAGUUGGGGUGUUUGCAAAUCAUAGUGCGCUUCAAGUUCGUUUUGCAGGUCGGAGUAACAAUAGGGUAACCCAUUCGGUGGCUAGAAAUGCCCUUGUUUUGUUUCCGGCUACUAGUUGUUGUUAUGAUUUCCAGACUUGGCUGACAUCCAAGAUGUAAUAUCUUUUGAUCCAAUCAAUUUACAUGAUUAUCUUUUGUAAAAAAAAAAAAGAACACACCAAAGAAAAAUACUAUAUCAAAUUUUAAAAAAAAAAAAAUUCAAAGUGCAGUUAACCGCAAUCACACUGAUUUAUUAAGAAACCCCACAGUUGCAAGCUCUUCGAGGUAGUCAAGUUGACUAGUUAGUGGCAUCAAUGCUCCAUUUCUUUCUCCACGUUCCAUCGACAAACUGCUCCUGUUUACUACCCAUUUAUGAUUUAACCAAUAUCCCAAGUAGCAAUUAAUUACUUACUUUCCUCACCACUUGUCAUGGCGUUAAUCACAUAAUUAAUCUCCAUAAUCUCAGAAGCUGAUUCUUGUUCUUCCCCCACCACCAACUUACUAAUUUUUUAAUUUAGCUACAGCUACAAUUAAUGUCCCUUAAUUAA